AUGGGGGAGCAGAGGGGGGUUAUCAAUGCCGAGAAGUCGGAGUUCAACGAGGACCAAGCGGCCUGCUGUCAGAUCUCCAUCCGGAGGAGAGAGCCGGGCCUGGAGGAGGACGAGGAAUGGCUGAUCCUGUGCUCCACGCAGUUUCUGACUGGUUACUACUGGGCGCUGUUUGACGGCCACGGCGGCCCAGAAGCUGCCAUCAUCGCCUCCAACUAUUUGCACUACUGCAUCAAGCAGAAGCUGGAGGAGGUUGUGGGAGGCAUCACAGAGGCCCGUCCCCCCAUGCAUCUGAGCGGACGCUGUGUUUGCGACAGCGACCCCCAGUUCGUGGAGGAGAAGCACAUCCACGCAGAAGACCUGGUGGUGGGAGCCCUGGAGAACGCCUUCCAGGAAUGCGAUGAAGUCAUCGGCCAGGAGAUGGAAGCUACAAACCAGACAGGAGGCUGCACUGCUCUGGCUGCCCUUUAUUUCCAGGGAAAGCUGUAUGUGGCUAACGCGGGGGACAGCAGGGCAAUUCUUGUUCUGAAGGACAGCGUUGUGCCCAUGAGCUGUGAGUUCACACCCGAGACAGAGAGGCAGCGAAUCCAGCACCUGGCUUUUCUCUUCCCCAAGCUCCUGGAUGGCGAGUUCACGCGCUUUGAGUUUCCACGGAGGUUGAAGGGAGAUGACGUGGGCCAGAAAGUCCUGUACCGGGAUUACUUCAUGGAGGGCUGGGGAUACAAGACGGUGGAGAAAGCCGACCUGAAGUAUCCUCUGGUCCAUGGUCACGGGAAGCAGGCUCGCUUGCUGGGGACUCUGGCUGUCUCUCGAGGUCUAGGGGAUCAUCAGCUCAAAGUCAUCGACACCAACAUUGAAGUCAAACCUUUCCUCUCCUGCAUCCCCAAGGUGAAUGUAUUUGACUUUGCCCUGCAUGACAUAAAGGAAGAUGACGUCCUCAUCAUGGCAACUGACGGCCUUUGGGAUGUUCUGAGCAACAAAGAGGUGGCCCAUAUGGUCAGGAGCUUCCUUGCAGAAAACAGGACAGAUCCUCACAGAUUUUCAGAACUGGCCAAGUGCUUGGUAAGCAGGGCAAGGGGAAAGGAGAGGGACCACCAGUGGAUGCUGGAUGACAGCCACGAGGCAUCUUACGAUGACAUCUCUGUAUUCGUCAUCCCGCUACACAAGAGGGAUGAGGACUGA